AUGAGGAAUAAACAAGAGGAGCUAGAAGCUUUGGCCCAGUCCCAGAGCUACGACAUCAUUGGCAUAAGCGAAACCUCAUGGGCACCUGUGACUGGGGCCCGGGAGUCUGGAGAGGUUCCAGUCGACUGGAAGCCGGCCAAUGUUGCCCCAAUUUUCAAGAAUGGUAAGAAGGAAGACCAUGGUCAUUGCAGGCCUGUCAGUCUCACUUCAGUGCCUGGUAAAAUUAUGGAGAAGGUUAUUCUGGGAGUUACCGAAAAACACUUGAGAGACAACGCAGUCAUUGGUCAUAGCCAGCACAGGUCACCCAUAGUUGACCAAGGGAAGUCAGUAGAUGUGGUGGUUUUGGAUUUUAACAAAGCUUUUGAUACUGUCUCUCACAGUAUCCUUCUGGAUAAACUGUCCAGCACACAGCUAGACAAGUCCAUAAUAUGUUGGGAAAUAGUUUUGGUUGUGUUUUUUGGUGCUGAAUAUGUGGUCCGAUUGUGGUCUGCAGGCUGCAGGAGUAAGUAUGUUGGCUUCCAGGGAAGAAUACGGUUUGCCAGAAAGCCAAUAUCAAUUAUCGAUCUAAUUGUGGUAGUAGCCUCAAUUGUUGUUCUGAGCAUAGGAUCUAACGGACAAGUGUUCGCCACCUCUGCAAUAAGGGGGAUCCGGUUUCUCCAGAUACUUCGCAUGCUGCAUGUAGAUCGACAGGGUGGCACCUGGCGACUAUUAGGAUCAGUUGUUUUCAUACAUCGACAGGAACUCAUAACCACAUUGUACAUUGGAUUCUUGGGAUUAAUUUUUUCAUCCUAUUUUGUUUAUCUUGCUGAGAAGGAUGCAGUUGAUGAGGAUGGAAAGACAGGUUUCUCCAGCUACGCUGAUGCCCUUUGGUGGGGUGUGGUAACAGUCACAACAAUUGGUUAUGGAGACAAAGUUCCCCAGACAUGGAUUGGGAAGACAAUAGCUUCCUGUUUUUCAGUAUUUGCUAUAUCUUUCUUUGCUCUGCCAGCGGGUAUUCUGGGGUCUGGUUUUGCCCUGAAAGUACAGCAGAAGCAACGUCAGAAGCAUUUCAACAGACAAAUCCCAGCUGCAGCUUCUCUAAUUCAGACUCUGUGGCGGUGCUAUGCAGCAGAGAAAUCCUGCAGUUCUACAGCAACAUGGAAGAUCUAUACAUCACCACUGCAAAAUCCCAAAAAACCACCAGCGCCAUCUAGCCCUAGUCUGAGAAAACAGGCUAGAAGAUACAAAAGAAAAGGGAAACUAGGCAGUGGUAACAGUUCUGCACCAGUAAUAAACCCAGGAGAGAAUGCCUUGUCUAUUCCACAGAUCACUUAUGAUCACAUUGAUGAACACGAAGACAAAAAAGAUGUGUCUUUCUACAUUGAUGAACCAGGAG